AUGGCUGAUUCCACCCAAGCCAGCUACGAGAAGAACAAAGAAAUAUCAGAAUCUGAUUCAAUAGAAUCAUCUUCGGAAGUACCUUUCGAACGACUUGAAAAAGUCAUGAGAGAGGGUUUCCAGGCAAUGACCAGCUCUAUGGAUCACUUAUCUCAAAGCGUCGUUCAGACCGUUGAGAGAGGACAUAUGAACACGACCCUACAAGGGAAUGAGACGAGGCCAUAUUUAGGCCACCUCUUCGAACGGGCCAUGCAGGCAGAACAAGAAGAUAGAAUGGUCCGAAAAGAAGAUGAGAGACCACUGAAUGCCGAAACACCCUUAUUGAUACAAGGGUACUUUGCAGGGCAAACAAGUGAUCAGCCCACGGGGUUUAAUGUCACCACGGCGACACAACAUGUGCUAAAGGUGAUUUCACCUCCCAAGGAUGUUGCUAGUCAACAUUUUGCUCCGUUCGGAACACCAUCCAAAUACCAGGCUCCAAAAAUUAGCGAACCCGCCCUGCCUCCGGAGCCAGUCCGAAGGAAUAUGCAUGCCGAUAGAUGGCGAGAGCCAGCAGGGUUCAACGUGCAUAUCGCGCAUAACAAUGGUAAUAACGGAGGGAACGGACAAGGAAGACAAAACAAUGCACGGGUACCCGAGCAAAUCCAAGAAUCCAAUGAGAAAGAAGAUGUAGGGCAGGCUCCCCCAGUUGGUGCCGAACCUGCACCUAGAAACCAUCCAGAUAUGGAUAUUUGUAAUGAGAUGGAAGCAUUAAGGCAACUCGUCUAUAAUGGUCAGGCCGGUAUUCAAAGACCAACCGGGCUUACUUACCAGAAGCCUGAUCCUGCUUACAUUGAUGAUUUACCUUUCCGAAGAGGCUUCAAAGUCCCAAGUUUUAGCUUAUUCAACGGAGAAGACCUAUAUGCAUUAGUAUUGGAACAUAUAGGGCGGUUCUCAGCCCAAUGCAUAUCCAUAGAAACCCAACCCCUCUUAAAGUUGAGAUUAUUUGGUAGUUCUUUGUCAAGUCAAGCUUUUAUUUGGUAUUCCAACCUUAGCCCGAAUUCCAUACUCGGAUGGGCAGAGAUGGAAGGAGCUUUUAUGGAAUAG